CAAGUGGAUAGGAUCGCAAGGAGACUCAUUACAAGUCUUGCGAUUGACAUUUCUACAUGUCUCUGUCUAGUUUCGUACUUUCUUAGUCUUUGAUUACCUCAUUGAGUGUCUCCAUCUGCGUGUACUGUAUAUUUUCAAACCUGCAACUCGAAAAACUAACGAUAUCUAGAGCUAUAAAGUUCUGAUUUCUUACCUUGCUCUCAGGAAGGCAGAAUAGCGUGGGAAUAGAAGGCCUUAACCUUUCGAAUUUUGAUCAACCAAUGACACCGCAAACCAUCGUUCAAGAUUUUCGGGUUUUCGUUGCAACGUGGAACGUAGGAGGAAAGACUCCGGAUAUUGAUCUCCGGCUAGAAGAAUUUCUCCAGGUGGAGGGAUCCUCUGAUAUAUAUGUAUUAGGAUUUCAGGAAAUUGUUCCCUUGAGCGCAGGAAAUGUUCUAGUGGUUGAAGAUAAUGAGCCAGCAGCAAAAUGGCUAGCUCUCAUUAGCCAUGCACUUAACAAACCAUACCAUGACUCGGUCUCUUUUGAUUCAGGAUCUACGUCGAAAUCCAACAGUAUCAAGGACCCAUCGAGGUCUUACUUUUUUCACAAACCUUCUCUCAAAGUACUAAGCAAAAAUCUCAGGGCGGAUAAUACUCUUCUCAAGGCCUGCAAUUGCCCUCUGGAAUCACCAGCGCCUCAGAAGCGGAGGCCAAGAAAUCUAUCUGACCCCAGCACUUCCCCUGGUCCAAGUCGACAAUCGAGUGCUAGUGACUUGGAUUCAGUUGUAGGAUUGACUGCUUCGUUUAGUCAGUUGAAUUACUGCCUUGUAGCAAGCAAGAAAAUGGUAGGCUUAUUUUUAUCCGUUUGGGUUCGAAGGGACUUAGUGAAACAUAUUGGCCAUCUUAGAGUUGAUAGCGUUAGCAGAGGAAUAAUGGGAUAUCUAGGUAACAAGGGUUGCAUAUCAAUUAGUUUGUCACUACACCGUACAAGCUUUUGCUUCAUUUGUAGUCACUUAGCUUCUGGUGAGAAGGAAGGAGAUGAGUUGAAGAGAAACAACGAUGUUUUUGAAAUUCUAAAGAGUGUGCAAUUUCCUAGAAUUUGCAAAAACACAUAUCGUCAAAUGCCAGAAAAGAUUAUUGAUCAUGACCGAUUAAUUUGGCUUGGGGACUUGAAUUACCGCGUGUCUUUGAGCUAUGAAGAAGCGGCGACUCUGUUGGAGGAUAAUGACUGGGAUUCCCUCUUACAAAAAGAUCAGUUGAAUCUCGAAAGAGAAGCUGGGAGAGUGUUUGAAGGAUGGCACGAAGGCAAAAUCUUAUUCGCCCCCACAUACAAGUACACACAUAACUCCGAUUCCUAUGCUGGAGAGACCUGUAAAUCAAAGAAAAAACGGCGAACCCCUGCAUGGUGUGACAGAAUACUAUGGCGUGGAAGCGGCAUUGAACAAUUAUCUUAUAUACGGGGAGAAUCAAGAUUCUCCGAUCACAGGCCAGUUUGUGCAGUAUUUUCCGUUGAAGUGGAGAUGAAAAACAACAAAGCUGGAAAGUUCAGAAAGGGUAAUUCUUGUACGGUUGCCAGAGUUGAAAUUGAAGAUGGCAUACCUCAUAGGCGCAGCUUUUAUGGAUAUUAAGUUGGUUUAAACAACUUAAAUGGUGUAAAAUGUUUUAGGGAUUAUAGGAGAAGAAAUAUUAGGGAUAUAUUUUCCUACUGAAUUUGUAACUAGUUGUCGUAAACUAAUUGUGUAUAAGAAUGAGAGGAUAAAGGUCCUUCAGUUUUUGCUGCAUGAUACUACAACGUAGAGAAAUAUUGAUUAUCAACAA